UUUCAAUUAAUAUUUGAUAACUUAUUUGCUAUUUUACUCUCAGCUCCGAGUUAUUGUGGUUUACAUACCGUACGGGAGACCCAAUGGAGUUACGGCCCCAACGACUCGGUCAGAGAAAUCGACUUAUCUAUACCACCGCCACGUUAUAUGCCUUCAGAUUUGAAAGAGAUUCGUGAAAAUAAUCAACACUUUAUUGAGUCCACUGUGGAUACAAGCUAUGCAUCAGUCGAUCACAAUAUGAAUGAAAAAGUCACGUCCAAUGGCAUCGACUUACCAUCGCUGGUGUCGAUGGAAAUACUCGAGUCUCAAGCCUCGGAACCGGGCGUCAAAAAUGAGGAUAUUAUGAAAAGGGUGUCCGAAAUGAACCAAAUAGUGGCCGACGCCCAGCACUACUUGGCCACCGAUGAGAUGCUCAAUGAGGCCAAAGAAGUCAGCGAUCGGCAGACAGAGGCAGCCGUUGCGGUCGAGAAGACAGAGCAGAACCCGUGGGACCAAUCACUUCGACUCCAACCGACCGACUCUCUGCUACUCUUGACGACGCAAAUGAAUGGUAACACAGAUAUCAACGGUUCUAAUGACAAACAAAACGGACGGGAUGUCAUUAAUGGAGAAUUAUCUGCCAAUGAGAGCGACACCGAUAGUCUCAUGAGUCCUAACGAAAGUCCUUUGCAUAGGAUUAAUAUCCAGAACAGUAUGAAUGCGUUGCAGUUGUCUAACGGUGGGGUUACUGUGAACGGUACGUCCGGCCCCCGGACACAGUCCACGAGUUUUGGUUUACACAGUCCUGAUGUCUACCCGAACCUGAGUCGCGCGGAACAGGACCUCAUGGAUAGUCUCCAGCAAUUGAAAUCUGAGGCCGAAUUCAAACUCAAGUUCUCAAACGAUAUAUGUUUGGACUCCGAGAUGAUUGACUUGACGGCACUCCCACCUCCAGACACGCCCGACGGCCUGGAGGUCGAGUUCAUGGGUUCUGGAAUAGGGUUUCCCACCACUGAUGACCCGCCGACGCCUUAUAAGGAGGACAUAGACUUUACUGACUUUGCGACCGACGACUCGGCCCGAGUUGUGGCCGAAUUGGACGACUUGUGCGACACUUUGUCCGAAAUGCAGUCCACGGCCAGCGAUCGCAACUCAAACACGAGCCAACACUUGCAAUACAUGCCGCAAGACAUCGAUGACUUCAUUGAGUCAAUGACUGUGAGACCACCGCCGAUGGUUAACGACCAUAUGUCCAACGAUGAGCAGUACUUGUCUUCGUUUAUCAUACCUCCCCCUCCGAGUGCGAGUCCAUCGAUGACCAGAGCACAGGACGAUGUGAUCGCAAAGUUCUGGAGAGUGACCGACGACAUCAGGAAAAUGUGUUCAAACGACAUAAGUCCGAGACUUUUCAAGCGGGAGGUUCACAGCAGUAGUUCCGGUGAAUCGGGUUACGACUCUGCCUUCACUUCGGCCUCAUUUCCCUCGUCGACCACCGAUUGGCCCUCGGUCGGUUGGAGUCGAAGUGAUUGGUCCCACGGGUUCUGCUCUGUCUUCUCGACCGCAACGGCUGUCUCUGUCUGCCGAUCGUUGACUUCUUUGGUCUCAUUGAGCAUCUCAUCGGUGGCCAAG